UUCAAAGAAAUGUGAAAAUCAAUAUUUCGUACACUUACGUGAGGCACAAAGGUGUGGUGGACCUCCAGCGCUUGCAGGAAGAUGGCUCUGAACCUGGUUUUCAUCAUUCCAAAAGCACGCUCUAUCAUAGAGCGUGCCUUGGAAUGAUGGCUGUUAAAGUGCUGGGCAGCCACACCUAGAUUCCCACGUUUGUAGGGAGUGAUGAGUGGGAGUGGGCUUUGCAGGCAUGGGUACCCACCAUCUGCGAGGAUGAAGUGCCCUGGAGGAGGGUAGACUGACUGCCUGUACAGGGGGCUGUGGCGGAGCACCCUGAAGUCGUGCACCGACCCCGGCCAGCCCACGUAGGUGUCAAUGAAGCGGCCCUGAUGGUCACACACAGCCUGCAGGAUGAUAGAGGGGAACAGUUUCCUGUUCCUGUAGCAGUGACCAUCAGGGCCGCUUGGAGGCUUGAUCCUGAUGUGGCAGCCGUCGAUGGCACCUGCAGCUUUAACAAAAGCUCUGUGCCGUGCCAGCCCUGCAAACCCCUGGGACACCACCUCCAGGUCUUCAGGGGUCUUUGGAAGGUGGAUGACCUGGUGGCGAAUGGCCACAACCUCCUCCGUGACUCUGUGGACGAUGCGGUGGACAGUCGAACGAGGUAUCCCGAACGCUCUGGAAACCACCCUGUAAGAUGCUCCACUUGCCAACCAGAAAAGAAACACCAGGGUCUCAAUUGUGGCACCCCAACCAUGACGCCGAUCUUGGUUCAGCAGAUUCAGCAGCACUGAAAGGGACUCCCUGCUCACACGAAAGUCUGGUCUCGGAUCUUGCUGGUUGAAGAAACGGUCCAGGACUGGGACACUCAGGUUAAUCCUGCAGUAUCUGGGUCUAGUCUGGUUAAAGAGAAAUACAGAACAAAUAAAGUUUUAUUUCAAAGCUGUAAUUGUAAAUGUGAUAAUAUUGUACAUAUUCAUGGUAUUCUUUCACAAUUCUAAAAAAUUAACUUUUGAACAAUGUAUGCAAUGAAGACCAAAAGAUCAAUUAUGUUUUGAAAGUGCUGUCCAUCAUUAAGUUUAGUAAGUCAUAUAAAAAGUUUUUAUUUUCGUUCACUAGAUGUCCUUCUACAGGUAGUGUAAUGUGCUCUUUCUGCUUACAGUUAUUUGUUAUUUAAUGACAUCCAUAUUUUAGAAUGAUUUAUUUGUUAUUUAAGCCUUUUUCCCAUUAGUUUUUCUUCUUACUUGAGUAACUCUUUUGGUGGGGAGCUUUAGUAGUUGAGUAAGUAUAAAAGAUUUGAAGUUGUAUUUUAGUAUAAGGUUCGAUUUUAAUACGGAGUAUGUUUGCAACCUGUAAGAAGUAGCUAAAACUAUCCAGUAAGCUAGCUAUAGCCGAUAGGUAAAGGCUACUUAAUAGAAACUACAAUACCUGUUCAUUGUUGCUUCUCAGCCUGAGCAAUAUAAAAUGCCUUCGCCGUCGAUACAUCUCUUGUAACUCCUCCAGAAGCAAGGAAAUUAUUAAAAAGCUCAAUAAUGCUUCGAGCGCUACCAUUUUCCUUCUCCCUUCUGCUCAGCGCGGUUCCAUGGUUGCUAGGCGACGGAACGUUCGCCGAGGGAGAGGCGGGAAUUCAUGAAGGCUAGGCCUGUCCAAAUUCACAGCCGUUAACAUCCGGUCUACCCGGCCGACGGAGGACGCAGCCCACGUCGGCCGGGUGGGCUGGGUCCUUCGAAGGAUGCAGACCCUGAAUUGAGACACAGCCAAUGUCAUUCUGCAUGUGGUCCAAGAGGCGCACACGUUUUCACGGUGUCUGAAGACGAUAAGAGAGAGAGAGAGAGCAAAAUAAACAUCCGAAGACAUCAGUAUGAUGCGUGGCCAUUCUUUGUUGGACCCCUGUAGUUACAGUGAAAACGUACCGCCAACGUGCCUGGAAGUUCAACGUUAGAAGCAGUGAAUGUUCCAGAAGAAGAAAAGAAGAAAGGUUCUUGACAGCGCAGUGUGUGUGGUUCGAGAACAUAGCGGAAAGGAGGCUUGCAAACUCGAAAAGAGGAAACAUCAUUAUUGGCGCUUUGGACGGAAACAACCACGACUUCACCAAUAGAGGGCGACAUUGACCAUCAUAAACGACAGCUCUGCAACCGUCUGCAACUCUCUGCCGUUGCACACAGCAAAAACUGUAUAAUCCCCUGUCUUCAAGGAAAAGAUAACGGCUCUGCAGUCAACGUCAGGUUGGGCUGUGAUAUAUCCACAACUGUUAGUAAAGUUUGGAGAGGUCUAUUAAAAUAAUAAUUGAUUUUGUAUGAGAAAGGUACUGAGUUAAAGGUAACCAGCCUGUCAUAGCCAAACUGUUCCCCGUUAAUUUACAAGUGGUGUUGUUUAAAGUGUUCUAAUGAUGUUUAAGAGUUCAACUUAAAAGAAGACUAACAAGGGGUGUUGUUAAGCAAAUUGUUGCAAGAAUCAGAUUGUAUUGAGAAAUAUAUGUUUGCCAGGAUCGCAUAUACAUAUAGCAACGACUUGUUAUGCAGCAGGUUUGCUGAAACAUGUACAAUGUCAGUAAACAGAAAAAUCACAUAUUGAAGAAUUUGGAGAACAAAUCGAUUCCCUUAAGGAAGAGCUAAGUAGAUUGAAUGAACAAUUGAAAUUACAGACUGAUGAUGUUGAAAGGGAGAAAUUUGAGUUACUCAUAGGUGAUAUUCAUGCUAAAAUAGAAAUAAAGCAGAAGACUGCCGCUAAUACUUCAAGAAUAGAGCUCAGGAAAUCCUCAAGGGAGCGAAAGUUAACACCCAAAAUGUUAGAAAUUAAGCAACAAGAGUUUUCUCAGAAGGAGAGUAAAUUUAUCAAACUAUAUGAAACCUGGAAAGAACAAGUUAAAGCUACACGUUCCAAACUUAAAGAAGAGUGCUCUGACCAGGAAUUAGCUGACAUGAUGGAUACUGUCGAAGGGCUGGAGUCACAAGUGAAAAAUACAUACGAAGAUAUAAGAUCGCAGGCAGCCCCUUCUACUGAGACCAGAAGAAAAAUUGAUUCCUGCACAGCAGUAACAGCGGACUUGAUGAGAAUACUUAAAGUACGUAUGAGUGAAGUGGGGAUAGAAGAGUUUGAUGCUAAGGCAGAAAAUGCAAGACUUCACAUGGUGCUAGACAGAGAAUAUGCUCAGUCAAUAUUUGGGACUACAAUCUCCCGACCUUCAGUACGUAGCCACCGCUCAAGCUGUUUAUCGGAGCAGCAAAGCAUCAAUGUAAAAAGGCAGAGUGUGCUGCACAGCUUGCCGCGAAGCAGGCCGAGAUAGAAAUGGAGGAGGCUAUUGCUACACAAAGGCAAGAGCUUAAAAGACUAGAAAAUCAGCGAGAUCUUCAGGUCAUAACUGCAAAGCUAAAAGCUUAUUCUCAAGCAGAUUCAAGUGAAGUCUGUGGAGAAGUCAAAAGUGCACACAGUGAGGUAGUCAGUUGUCCUCCGUUAGCUCCUGAAGAAAUCGUACCACAGCAAACCUACAAGAAUAAUAACAAUGAACAACCAAACAAUAAUAACAAUGAGUCAUUGUUAAUGCAAGCAUUGCAUGACACAAUGGUCCUCACCAGACUUCCUGCACCUGAACCCCCAGUCUUCUCAGGGGACCCACUUAAGUUCUUAGAGUGGAGCACUAGUUUCAAAGCUUUGAUAGAACGGCGAUGCACAAAUCCAGCCGACAGGUUGUUCUACCUACGCAAAUACAUCAGUGGAGAAGCAUGGUCUGUAUUGGAGGGAAGCUUUUACAGAAAAGAUGACCAAGCAUAUGACCAAGCUUGGGAAGCUUUGAAUGCUCGGUAUGGUCACCCCUUUGUAAUUCAGCGUGCAUUUAGGGAAAAACUGAACAAAUGGCCAAAGAUUGGUUCAAGAGAGUCGCUUAAAAUGAGACAAUUCAGUGAUUUUCUGACAGCCUGCAGCAAUGCUAUGCCAUACAUCAAAGAACUGCAGGUGUUAAAUGACUGUGAAGAGAAUCAAAAAUUGCUCCGAAAACUUCCUGACUGGGUGACUUCUCGUUGGAAUCGUCAUGUCACGGUGCAGUUACGGCAAACAGAAGAAUAUCCAAGCUUCAAACAAUUUGCUGACUUUGUUAUACAAGAAGCGGAAGUUGCAUGCAAUCCCAUAACAUCAUUUAAUGCCUUGAAACACACUGAAGCUAGAGACAUGAAGCGUCCAAAGGUUAAUGCAUACAUCACAAGUGUGGAAGCAUCAGACAGAACAACCACAGGAUACAGCAAAGUGGAGAACCAUUCAAAUGAGGCUGAUAUAGAAAGAAAAGCACAUGCAUUGCCAUCAAACUCAGUCAUAUGUAUUUGCUGUGGAGAAAGCCAUUCUAUUCACAAAUGCCAGACCUUUGCUAAAAUGUAUGUGGAAAACAAGAUAAAGUUCAUACUUGACAAUAACCUGUGUUUUGGCUGUCUCAGAGGAGGACACAAUGCAAAAGACUGUAAGCGCAAGGCGACUUGUGGGGUUUGUAAAAAACAUCAUCCAACAGCUCUUCAUGAAGACCGUCCAACAACUGCAGUGAACACAUCAUCACAUAGAAUGCAGGCAGAAGAAAACAUAUCUGCACUUUCUUGCUGCAUGGACAAAAGAGAUGGUGGGAGCACAUCCAUGAUAGUCCCUGUGUGGGUUUCUUCAACCACCACUCCAGAGAGAGAGACCUUAGUGUAUGCUUUAUUAGAUACGCAGAGUAGCAACACUUUUGUAGAUCAAGAGGUGUGUGAGGAGAUGGGGAUGAGUUUAGAGCCAGUGAAAUUAAAGCUAACCACUAUGAUGGGAAGAGAUUCCAUUGUUCAGAGCGAAAGGGUUAGUGGGCUCAGAGUUAGAGGGUUUUACUCCAAAGUCUUUAUCAAUUUGCCACUUGCCUAUACCAGAGACUUCAUCCCACUUGAACGUUCACACAUUCCCACCUCUGAAACUGCCAAGAGAUGGAAACAUCUAAUCAGAAUAGCACAGGAGAUGCCCGAGUUAAUGGAUUGCAAGGUUGGGCUGUUAAUAGGCUACGACUGUUCUAGAGCACUGGCACCACGGCAAGUAAUCGCGGGGGGUGACGAAGAGCCAUAUGCAAUCAAGACAGACCUGGGCUGGAGCAUUGUUGGCAGUUCACAAAAAAUGGCAACAUUAACAGAAGUGACAGGCCUGUGCCAUCGCUUAUCUGUUAAGGAGCUUCCACUUCUGACACCAGCCACCAUCAUCAGAGUACUUGAGUCAGAUUUCAAAGACACAGCUUCUGGAGAAAAGAGCAUAUCACAAGAUGACAUACAGUUCAUGCAUCUGCUAAAUGAGGAAAUACACCAGAAUGCUGACGGGCACCUAGAGAUGCCACUUCCCUUUAAGGCACGCCCUCAGCUGCCAGAAAAUAAGCGUCUGGCUCUGGUGCGACUUAAGCACCUGAAAGGGAAGUUUGAGAAAACCCCCAAAUUUAAGAACGAUUAUGUAAGGUUCAUGGACAAUGUCUUCAAGGAAGGUGAUGCUGAAAGAGCUGAAGAUGAUCCCAGAGAAGGAAAUACGUGGUACAUUCCACAUCAAGGCAUCUAUCACCCAAGAAAACCAGAAAAAAUCAGGGUUGUGUUUGACUGCUCUGCAAAGUACAGUGGCACAGCUCUGAAUGAUUACCUCUUGACCGGACCGGACCUCAUCAACAGUUUGACUGGUGUACUCUGCAGAUUUCGCCAACACCCUAUUGCAAUAAUCUGUGAUGUAGAGAAGAUGUUUCACAGAUUUCAUGUAAACAGAGAAGACAGAAAUUACUUGCGAUUCCUGUGGUGGGAAAACGGUGAAACAAACACAGAGCCAAAGGAAUAUCGCAUGAAAGUCCAUCUUUUUGGGGCAGCAUCCUCACCAGGCUGCGCAAAUUAUGCAAUGAAGUAUCUUGCAAGCCAAAAUGAAAGGGAACAUCCGACAGCAGCCAACUUCAUCAGAAGUAGCUUCUAUGUUGAUGAUGGGCUAGUCAGUUAAAAACUGUGAAUGCAGCCAUUGAACUAGUGAGAGAUGUGCGGAAGGUGUGUGCGAAGGCAAGAUUACGACUUCACAAGUUCAUAUCCAACAACAGAGAAGUCCUGGAGUCAAUUCCAAAUAGUGAACGAGCUAGUGGAGCCCAGGAUGUGGACAUCAGUCAUCAUGAACUCCCAGUUCAGACUGUGUUGGGAGUAAGGUGGAGUGUAAGCUGUGACACCUUCUCCUUUAAAGUUGCCCUGGAGGAGAAACCAGUAUCACGACGGGGAAUUCUUUCCAUUAUCGCCUCUGUGUUUGACCCAUUAGGCUUCUUGGCUCCUUUCCUUCUAAUAGGAAAGAAAAUUCUACAGGAAAUGUGUCUAAAGAGCAUUGGAUGGGAUGAGCCACUGCCUGGUGAAUUGAAGCCACAAUGGGAGAGUUGGGUCACUGAUCUGAAGAACCUGCAGCAACUCUAAAUCCCAAGAUGCUUUGUACCUGAAAACCUUGGAAAAGUCCAAAGAAUAGAACUCCACCACUUUUCAGAUGCGAGCAAUCGCGGGUAUGGUCAGUGCUCAUAUGUCCGGGUGAUGAGUGAAGACAGAGUGCAUUGCUCCUUAGUCAUGGGCAAAGCACGAGUUGCACCCACGAGAGUUGUAACCAUACCAAGGCUGGAAUUAACAGCAGCAGUGGUGUCUGCAGCAGUCAGCAGAAUGCUAAAAGAGGAACUGGAGCUCAAAAUUGAUCAAGAGUAUUUCUGGUCUGAUUCAUGGGUGGUUUUGGGCUGCAUUAACAACGAAGCCCGCAGAUUUCAUGUUUUUGUUGCUAAUAGAGUGCAAAGAAUCAGAGAAGCAACUGAUCCAGCAUAGUGGCACUAUGUUGACACCAAUCAAAAUCCAGCGGAUCACGCUUCCAGAGGCCUCACAGUGGCAGAACUGAUCAGUUCAAACUGGCUCACUGGAGCUCAUUUCCUGUGGGAAAGAGGGUUUGUCACACCAGACUCAACUCCAGACCUUCUGGUAGGUGAUCCAGAGGUCAAAACGACACAAAUACUACAAACAAAGGUAGUAGAGGACAGGAACUUCUUGGAGCGACUCAAAAGGUUCUCAAAAUGGCAUACAGCAGUAAAUGUAGUUGCUAGGAUUCAGCAACUAGCCAAAAAAGCCAGAAUACAAGUAGGAAAUAGAAAACUAUCGAAAGAGGGUGAAAGGCUCAAUAAACCAUCCACUCUUGAACACCCUAUACAUAAAUUAGUGGUCCUAAUAGAGAGUAAUUAGAAUGUUCCAGUGGAACUUCUGUAAAUGUAUAUGGGAUGGUUAAAAUAUUAGACUUGACUUGCAAGAUUGUCACAACUGUUUGGUUCUGAAAAUUUCUAGAUUUAUUCAAAUUAUUAGCAGUUCAUAAAUCUUAGUAAUUUGGUGGGAGUGUAACGGUCCCUGAGACAGUUAAAAUAAAGUUGUUUAUUUCAAAUGUUUCUGUGAUAGAGAGAUGCUUAAUUUGGUUCAUUUAAUUACUAGAUAAGAUGAUAAAAGUGUAACAAUGAUUAAAAAACAUGUUUAAAAUAUGUGAUUAAAAAAUAUGGGUUUGUUAAAUAUGUAACGUGCUGUAAAGUUUGUAUGAGGUAGAGUUUGUAAUGGUCACAUGAUCAGAGUUUGGUUUAGAGCGCAACCAUAGCAACUGUAACUGCUGUUGUAACUGCAACUGUAACAUAGCAUGGAUACAUGGCUACAGAUGCGUCUAUAGCCUCGACGUUAAUGUCAUUCUGCAUGUGGUCCAAGAGGCACACACGGUAUGGUUUCAUGUAUAAUGUUUGUAUAAUGUUGCAUAUGUGUUCUACACUGGUAAUGAGAGGACAUUUUUGUGAUUCAUUAUUGCGCAUUUUCUUUCUGUUCUGCUUGCUCGAGACUGUUUAUGGACAAUGAUAUGAGAGACUGAUAAGUUAAAACAGUUAUGGUGUAAACUUUGUGUUUCUUCAGUUUUCACGGUGUCUGAAGACAAUAAGAGAGAGAGAGAGAGAGAGAGAGAGAGCAAAAUAAACAUCCGAAGACAUCA